GUAAAAGAUGGCCGAGAGCGCGUCGGCGAGCGCGGGAGAGGCCCGUGGGCAGAAGAGAACCCUCGAGCAAUCAGAUCUCCCAUUCUCCAUGGACGUGGUACGCCUCACAUGACACGCACACACACACACACAUCCAUCCAUCCAUCGUGGUCUCUCCUGCAUUGGCCUCCAGACGUCGGGCAGUACUGGCGUGGUUGGACCGCUGAACGUCGAGCAGGUGACGCUUCUGCAGCAGCUUCUUCUGGACCAGAAGCGGUGCAUCAAGGAGUGCCGGAGGCGCAACGAGCGGCUGAGGGAUGAGGCCAGGAGGGGCAAACUCGCUAUGGCACUCGUCAAACAGAUCUUUGCCAUGGUACGCCAACCGAGGAAGGAAGCAAGAGCCAACGGACAUCGAGUGGUGGAUGUGUGUGAGCACUUGACUUGGAUGUGUGUGUUCAGUUGAAGUCUGACAUCGAGACCUGUGGGAGGGGCCUGAUCCGCCCCAGUGAGGACUGCCUGCAGGGACUCAACACAUCCGCUGACGAAGACCAAGUUACGUCACCACACUGCGUGCGCCGUCAGUCGUCCAUCGGUGUGUGUGUGUGUGUGUGCAGGUUUGGGUGAGUGGCUGCAGACGGCCACAGCCGACUACGAGAAGCUGCUGCCGCGGGACUCCCAGAUGGACACCGACGAGGGCGACGACCAGGACGACACUGCCGAGGAAAUCGACCAGCUCUACCAAAACAUGCCGCAAACGGUGAGAGGAGAGGAGAGGAGAGGAGAUGACCACACAAACACUCUCUGUGCGUCUAUGUGUGUCUGUGUGUGUGUCUGUCUGUCUGUCAGGUGCUGGACACACUGCAGAAGUGCGUGGAGAGCGUGACGGGCAUCGCCAGGGAGGUCAUCCGGGACCAGAACAACCAGUGGCAGGUGCUGCAGCAGCGCACCAGCAACGACCACGAUGACGCCCUCAAGGCGCAGAAGACCCUCAAUGACAAACUCCACACCAAGUGAGUAGGGACGGGGGGACAACACACGACAGCCAACAGGCAGGGAAUAGGCGGGCAUGUGCGCGUUGUGACGCCUGCCGUCUGUCUGUCUGUCUUUUGUCCUCUGUCUGUGUGUGUGUGUGUGUGUGUGUAGGCUCCGGGAGCAGACGGCCGCGGCCGAGAUGCAGAAGGAGCGGGCGGAUCGGACAAAGAGGAGACUCAAAGACCUCGAGGUCAGGCAGAGGCACACAGGCACACGCACAGGCACACCAAUGUGUUGUUGUCAUCAUCCAUCCCUCUCCUGUGUGUGUGUGUGUGUGUGUGUGUCAGGAGGACUACGAGGACGUCCGUCUGGAGCUGGAUGAGGAGCGGCAGAAGGCCAUCCGGCGGGUCCACAUUCCAUCCGCAGAACCGUCACCCACACCCAAACAGGAGGUACGCAGCACAGCACAGUUCUCCACCCCACACACACUUAUGCACUGGGUGGAUUGUCCAUGUGUGUGUAUCAGGAUGGUGGUGUAAUGGACACGGGCGCCGCGAGCAGCGAGGAGCUGGAGGACGUCAAGCAGCGGCUCGAGAGAAGGACCAAUGAACUCCAACACGCUGAGGCCGCCGUCGCCCAACUCAAGGAGCGGCUCGCAAAGGAGAAGGAGCAAAAUGUAGGCACGCUGGAUGGAAUACACCACACACGGCUCAUGAUUGCUCCUGGAUUCGUGUGUGUGUUCAGCGGUUGACGUCUGAGCGCAUCAAGCAGUCGAAGGAGUACCAGGGCCUCGUCAAACUCACAGAGGAACAGUCCAGGGCACUGGUACGCACACACCACGCCCUCCCUCCCUCCCUGCCUGCCUGCCUGCCUGCCUGCAUCUGUGCCCUUUCCUUCUCUCGUCCCUUCAGGCGGUGUCGCAGGCGGAUCAGGCCACUGCUCGCGAAGAGACGCGGACCUACCAGAUCAACUUCGACAGAAUGCUCGACAAGAAAAUGGUACCCACCCCACCCAGCCCCCGCAGCACCUCUCUCUCUCUCUGUGGGCGGGGGGAUGGGUGUAUGUCAGGGUGAGCGCUUGGCCGAGUUGCGCGAGCGCAACAGCAAGCUGACUUCGGCUGUCCGUGAGCACGAGGAGCGGGUCCGCGAGGUAGAGGACCGGCUGCGUGCGACGCAGGAGGAGCUCGACAAGGAGAGGCACCGGCAGACGCUCGACACGGUCAUGCAGGAGCUGCAGAAUGUGCAGCGAUGCCACAAGGAGCAGCUUGAGAGGAAACACAGAGCGGUGAGGGAUGAGAUACAUGCAGGGAGAGAGAGACUCUGUGUGUGUGUGUGUCUGCUCGUACUGACAUCAGUAUGAGCAGCUGCGCGCUGAGUACACCAGCCAGCGGGAGGACUACAACAAGGCCGUCGAGGCACGCGACGAACUCGCCAAACAGUGCCACAAGAAGGUCCGUAGGCCAUCCAACCCUCACCACCUCCUCUCUCCCACAUUGCCCCAUCUGUGUGUCGUCGCUUGUGUGUGUGUGCCGCAGGAGGAUGAGCUCGACGCGUUGCGUCGGGUGCAGGGCAGCGUGAGUGAGGCGCAGGCGCUCGCCAGCCUCCGAGAGGAGGUGGCCAGGCUCAGGAGAAACGAGGCGGUACGCGACCAUACACACACAUGCGCGCGCGCACACACACACACACACACACACACACGCCUGGACACAGAAAUCGAUCUACGUGUGUGCGGCCAUGACACACAGAGCAUGGAGGCUGAUACCAAGCGGGCCGUGGUGAGGAGCACUGAGCACGCACACGCCCGCAACUCUGCGGGGGGACACACACACUCCCCCUAUCUGUCUGAAUGCGUGUGUCAUCAGAAGGACAAGCAGGAGAUGAAGCAGACCUACGAGCAGACUGAGUGUGCGUACGAGGACGAGAUUAAGAGCAAGGAGGCCAAAGUCACAGAAUCCGCCAAAACUGUCAUCGCUAAGUGAGCCAACCGGCCGCCAGUGAAAGACGCACGCGCUCGCGGGCGUGGGAGGCCUAUGUGUGUGUGGGGGGGAAUGUGUGUGUGGCUUAAGGGAGAAGGAGAUCGAGCGGUAUCGUCACGAGAAGGUCGACUUUGCCUACCAGAGGAAGAAAUACGAAUAUAAUAUCGACGACCUCCGGAAAGAGGUCAGUGAGUAAAUGGGAGAGAGAGGGGGAGGGGAGAACGCUCACUCGCGCGAUGCACGCGAGCAUUGAUAUGUGUGUCUGUGCGUGUGUUUGUGUGUGUGUGUGUGUGUGGUUGGGUUCAGAACACCGAGGCCAUGGUGCAGCUGGAGUUCGCCCAGACCACCCUCCGGCAAUGGGCGAAGCUCAUCCAGGAGCUGCAGCACAAAGUGGUCAGUAGCUCAUGAGCACAAACGCCUAACCCCCCGAGCACACUAACAGGCACCUCACCAUCCCCCUCCUCGUGUGUGUGCAGGACAUCUGCGAGACCGAUCGCCGCGAGGCCAUCGAUGGCCGCAGAGAGCUGCAGGAACAAAACCAACAGAACAGCAAAAAGGUAUACAGGCAGGCAGGCACGACAGACCAGUGGGCGUGGCGUGGAUGGCCUCAUCUCAUCGAUGGGAUGGGUGUGCACUGCGCUGCACGUGUGCGUGUCAGGCGUUGCAAGAGGAGGACAGGGCAACCAAGCUGCUCCAAGAGAAAGCGGUGCGCUCUGCCUGAGUGUGUGGGGCCCAGCCCAUCUGUGUGUCACUCCUCUUUCCCCUGUCUCUCUGUGUGUCACUGCAGAGUGUGGCCGAUGAGCUGAAGGAGGUCAGGGCUGAGUUGGACAAGGCCAGGAAGAUCGCCAAGAAGCUCCAGGUCAGUCGGGUCGGCCGGAGCCACUUUAGUGCCCACAAAGCAAGGCGUGACUGACGUGCCUCAGGCACUGCACAUGAGAUACGAUAGAUAACCGUUUGUUGGUGCAUUCAUUGUUUUCAGGAUGACUUGGAUUUCGCCAUGCGGCGCCAGACGUCCAGCCUCUCUGUCAUGUGUAAGACUGCAUGAUCUGAGCUGCCAUGCCCUCCUCUGCACUGCACAACACACAAUCCCUCGUUUGUGUGUGUGUGUUGGUGAUGUGAUCCACUGCUUUGAUGUGUGACAUGACAGCCCGUCAGCAGUCGACAACGGACACGAGCGAGUGGCUCAAGUACAACCAGCACCUCUCGCUCGACGACAAGGUCCGCGCCCUUGCCGACAGGCUCUCUGACUUCGAGGUGAUGGACUCACUGUCAUGGCACCUAUGCAUCGCAUCAACACGUACACGCCACACAUGGAUGGGAUGGAUGGCCAUGGAUGUGUUGUCAAUUGUGUUGGUCCGUCAGCGGAUGGUGCGGUGCCCGGUGUGCAAGAAGGCCGAGUCGCGGCGAGAUGCGGCACUCAGAGUCUGCGGACACACAUUCUGCAGAGGUGCGCCACGUGGGCCGGGGUGGGUCGGUGAGGUGCAUUCCUUCAUGUCCUUUGGUUGGGCGUCAGAGUGCAUUGAGCGUGACGUCAACAGCAGACGCCGCAAGUGCCCCGUCUGCAGUAAGCCAGCCAGCCAGCCAGACAGAAAUGCAGCCAGACACGGAACUAACAGAGGCGCUGUGUGUCCGUUGGUGUGGUGUGUGUGUGCAGAUGAGAAGUUCAACCAGGGCGACGUGCUGGAGCUGUAUCUUAGCUGAUGUGGACCUGGGCUAGUCAGACUAAGCGGAUGUGGCAGUCAGUGUGGUGCCAGUGUGCAAGACAAGACAUGACCUGUGUUGUGUUACUUCACUGCAAUGGAUCAUUGAUGCGACUGACAUACGACACGCACACUCAUCACAUGAAUCCAUCGGUCUGUCUGUCCAUCGGUCUGUCUGUGUACUGCGAGUGUAUGGAAGGCGGGUGGGACCACGAACAUCCAUCCA